AUGCGGAACAAGGCCGACGCGGCCCAAGAGGCCAACGAAGAUGCGUUGGAGAACGAGCUCGAGAACGUGGGCAUCAUCGAGCCUCCGGAUGGCGGCUACGGAUGGGUGGUGGUGUUCGCAUCGUUCAUGGCUAACAUGAUCGUGGACGGAGUUAUCUUCUCCAUCUCCGAGACCAUCGUUCCGUUGUGGGAAAAAGAGUUCAACACCACCACGUCGAUGGCUACAGUAUCACCGUCGUUGUUGGCGGGAUGUUAUCUCUUGUCAGGUGGGUGUUGGCUGAAGUUUUUCGAUGUUUAGGUAUUAGUUUGGUUGAAAUGAAGACGGAAAAAAUGAAAAUGAUUCUUUUUUAUUUUCUUUCUUAAAUCUUUUUUUGCGUAAAAAACGAAUUGAUAACAAAAAAAAUAAAAAAUUUGCAAAAUCUCCAAAUUAAAAAAUUACUGUUAAAAGAGCUCUUAAAUCGACUUUUAGGUCCCCUGGCUAGCGCUUUAGCUAAUCAGUACGGCUGCGACAAGGUGGCCAUUCUUGGGGCGAUCAUAGCGGCAGCCGGCUUUCUUAUCAGUGUUAUGGUUCCCGCGUUGCCAGUACUGUACUUUACAUUUGGUAUUGUGGGUGGUGUAGGAUACGGGUUGAUCUUCCUGCCAGCCGUCGUUAUUGUAGGACAAUACUUUUCGGAGAAACGAGCUUUGGCCACGGGUAUCGCUGUUUGUGGGUCUGGCAUCGGGACGUCCCUUCUGAGUUAUGUAAGAGACUUAUAUGUAUAUUGACGUCAUUUUACAUGAUUUUAUGACCAUAUAAUUAUAAGAUGCGUAUAAUAAUGAUCACAAAAAUAAUAAAUAAUGACCUGAUUUCACUUUAGAUAAAUCCAAUAGUUCUCGGACUCCUGAACAACAACUGGAGGUUCUUUCUUGUUUUUAUUGCCGGUAUAACACUAUUAACAGUCAUCUUCGGGUACUUUUUUAAGCCUCUACAGCCAUCUACACAACAAUUGGAGAAAGUAAGUGCACAGUUACUGUAGUAGCGAGUGACAGGUUACAGAGAUUACAGAAAAUUACAUUGUCAAACAUGCUGAGGAUGAAGUGGAGCCAGAGAUCACUAGCAGUCCACAUGUGGCCCACGGUGUGGCCAUAGAACGAUUCAAGAGUCCCAGCAUGUCACAGAGUACCAGACAUCUAGGAGAGAACCGACCAUUCUUGUCUACCAUCGAGCUUCAUGCUAUUAGGAAUGGGGUAAGUUAUUAAUUUGUUAUCUGCAUAUUAGCCCUGUUCAUAUAUGCAAAGUUAAAUUAUGAGUAGGUACAGUAUAAACAAUAAAAUGUAUUGCUAUUUAGGAAAAGAAUGCCUUGUCUCACCAUGACCUGGCCUCAGCUGUGUCCAAGGCCAGUAUGGCAGACUUGAAUCGACCAUUGUCAAAGAUGGACAUCUUCUAUCCUGGCUCCACGACUAAACUGGCAGAACGACACGGAAGUACAACCAAACUACGUUCAGUUACAAAUGUAGAAGCCAGUACCAAUAAGUCAUCAUUAUACUUAAGCAAUAUUGGAUUACCGACAGCUGAAGACUACCUAAUCGACCAGAAAGAUACUUGGCACAGAGGAAUCUUAAGUGUAAGUUACUACAAUAUCUUGAAUAACAUUAGUUUGUUACCUAAACAAAAGAUAUACCUAAAAUUAAAAAACAUACUAUUCUGUUAAUGAUCCAUAGUGUUUGUCUAUAUAUUACAUCGAUUUUAGCCAUUGCAAUCAAUGUUGGACACCACCUUGUUAACCUCCCCCAGCUUCUUAAUCCUGGCGGUGGGAGGAUUCUUAACCUUGGCCUGCUUCUUUGUGCCAUUUAUGUUUAUUGGCCAACUAGCCAGGACCAAUGGUGUAGAACCAGAGCAUACCAAGUACCUGGUUGUUAUACUAGGCCUGGUCAACUUGGUAGCUCGAGUGUUAUGUGGAGUAAUUAGUGACCAUCCAAAGGUGGAUCCACUGGUCGUGUCUAACUGGGCUUUGAUUAUUGGUGGAGUAGCCACGAUUCUGGUGCCAUUUGCCAAUACUUUCUUUUUGUUUGCACUUUAUUGUUUGCCAUUUGCUUUUGGAGUUGGUAAGUUACUUAAUCUUUAAAUUGUUUAUUUAGUAUUGGUAACUCUUCCAUUGCAUUAGUUUCCACCAACAUUCCCAUGUUAUUGUAGACAAAACCCUUGUAAUCAUGUUUUUAUUAAAUGAUGUCUAAUUUAAUCGAGAGUCUCAAGUUAAUUGCAAACCCGCUUACAUUGGAUUACAAUCUAAGUAGAAACACAAACAAUUUCAGCUUGUUUCGCGGCACUUCGCUCUGUUAUCUGUGUAGAGUUGUUAGGGGUAGAGAAGUUAACCAAUGCCUACGGGAUCUUACUUAUGUUUAUGGGUGUGGCGGCCUUGGCUGGUCCACCGUUCGCCGGUAAGAAUUCAAAUUAAAGUUAAUUUCUUAAUAAGUGUUGAGAUAAUGUCAUUGCAAGUAACAACAGCUACAUAUUGCAAUAGAGCCAAAGAAAAAAUAAAAAACCAAAAUAUAUUAUACAUAAGAUCAAAAGAACCUUCACUAUCAUAACACCUAUUACAGCUCUUCUAAAGAACUUAACCAACAGUUUCAACAUGUCCUUCUAUGUUAUGGGUGUCUUAAUGACCUUAAGUGGUUUUAUCAGUCUUCCGUUGCGUAAAGUCAACGAAUGGGAGACCAGGAAAAACGAAUCCAACACUGCCAAUCCAGUCGAGCUACAGCCUCUAAACAAGUAG